UUUUUAAACCAGCACACGCUCCCUGGGCGCAGAACUGGAGUUAUUUCGGCGGAUUCUUCCCGACUCCCUGCCGGAGAAACACCAAGCACCAACUCGGGAGGGUUAUCCCUUGUCUUGAGAGCGCUCUGCUUGUCUUAAGGCGGUCUGGUGGGAGCCGGGACCAGGGACAGAGACCGGGAGGGACACCCGCUCCGCUCUGGGACCCCCUUCGGGCGUUUGUGAACGGGACUCGGUGGGAGCUUGUGCGCCGCGAACUGGCGGGCUCCGCACCAGGAAGCCGGCGGAGCUCUGCGCCAGGAGCCCUUUGCGGCACCAUCCGGCGAUCUCAGCACCGCAGAGGCAAGAGCCGGCGCGCCAAGUGCCGCUGAGUUUCAACAGCCCAGCUCUCGCCGCUGCUCCCACUUUGCAACAGAUAUGCCCAUUUGCAAUUGGCCUGCAAUUGGUGCCUGACAUCAGAAACAAGAAGCAGGAUUUUAUGUCUCCAGGAACACCGGAACAGACAGUUGGACAGCAGGGUGUUAUAAGGCAAGAUCAGAAGCAGCCUAUCCACCAUGGAAGGAAAUCCAGCAGAAUAUCCCACAAGUGUGAUCAGAAAUCCAGCGAGCUGGGAAAUGGGAAUCUAUGGAUCUGGAGUCCUGAUUAUCCUGGUGAUAGUUGGAGUGAACCUAUGGAAACUCUGGAAAUCUGGAAAUUACCCUGCACCCUCUCCUUUCCCAAACUAUGACUAUAGAUACCUGGAACAGAAGUAUGGGACUUCAUACUCCGAGGUUAGGCAAAAGAGAACAGCAGCCUCAAGUUAUAAAAAGCCAACAGAGAAAAGUUUUCCCAGCCACCAUUCAAGCCUCAAGAUAGAUGAAGCAUACGAAACCAUCAAUGAGCUUGGGACUCUGGAGCUGAUGACGAAGGAGGUGGAGUUAACAUCUUAUGGAUCCAUGAAGAAAUCUGUGUCUACAGACUCACUGAAUUCCAUAUCUUCAAUUGGUAACAACUUUGGCCAUGACUUCACUGUAGGUCAGAUCGAGAUGUGCUUGGAGUACGAUGUGAACUCAAACACCAUGCAUGUCACUCUGGUGCAAGGGAAGGAUUUGCUGGAGAAAGAAGAUGCCAAUUUUGAAUCUUGCUUUGUGCGCAUCAGUUUGUUGCCAGACGAACAGAUUGUUGGGAUUUCUCGGAUUCAGAGGAAUGCAUUCUCUGUGUUCUUCGAUGAGAAAUUCUCCAUUCCACUGGACCCCUCUGCUCUCGAGGAAAACAGUCUUCGAUUUUCUGUAUUUGGAAUUGAUGAAGAUGAAAGAAACAUCAGCACAGGCUUGGCAGACCUAAAGCUAUCAGAUUUGGACCUCACCUGCCGAGCCUUCAAUGCCUGGCUUUAUCUACAGGAUGUCAAUAAGGCAACAGAUACAGUUGGAGAGAUCCUGCUUUCACUCAGUUACCUGCCCACAGCAGAACGGCUGACAGUGGUAGUAGUCAAAGCCAAAAACCUCAUCUGGAACAAUGGAAAGACCACCUCUGAUCCAUUUGUGAAAGUUUAUCUCCUUCAAGAUACAAGGAAAAUAAGUAAGAAAAGAACAGCAAUCAAGAGGGAUGAUCCCAAUCCAGUUUUCAAUGAAGCCAUGAUAUUCUCAGUUCCUGCAAUUGUUUUGCAGGAAUUAUCCCUACGAAUAACAGUGGCUGAAUGCUGUGAAGAGGGAAGAACCGAGAACAUAGGCCAUGUCAUCAUUGGACCCGAGAGCAGCGGGAUGGGGGCCACUCACUGGAAUCAGAUGCUGGCAACGUUAAGGAAACCUGUCUCCAUGUGGCAUGCUCUCCGAAAGAACUAAAGCAAGAGAACAUUGAUGUGUUCUUAGCACUUGUAUAAAUAUUUUGCAUGAUGUCCACAUUCUUAAACUUUAAUGCUGGUGUUUUGGGAAAUGCAAAUUUGAGACACUAUUUUUCACUACACUUUAUCAACUUACUGGUGUCAACCUAAUACUGGGAAAUCUGUAACAGGAUAACAGAAGAACAAAUUGCAGAUUAAAAUGAAUUUGGCUUAGUAAAUGAAUGCAUCUGCAACCUGAGCUGCUGUGAAGCAGCCAACCCACUCAAUGUUUCAUACUAAAUGGUGCAUACAUACAUAAAGUAGGGUCAUAGAUAAUUAAGGGGCAAGUUAUCUGAUGUUACCACUUGUCAGGAGGCAUAGCUGAGUAUUCUGCAAUAGCUGUAAACCCACAAAAACCCCAAACAUAAACUCUAGAUUAAAUCCUUCCAAAAAUGUUUCCUUUUACAAAAUAUUUAUGCGAUUAUGGAGGGAAAGAGUGCCAAAAAUGACCAAUGUGUGUUGCAUAUAGUCCACACAGGUCAGCAGGAUCUUGACUGUAUAAUACUGAACGUGAAGAAUAACAUGAUAUACAUGGUGCCCAAGAAAAAAUGUGCAUAUUGUGGCAUUUUGUUAAAGUUUUUCUCCAAUUAAUAAAGGGAACUGCGCACUGUUUAUAUUGUACAUAGAGUAGUAGAUUGGUGGGAAUAAUUGUGGUUUGAUGUGAUUUUGAGUUAGUUUGAAGCCAACAUGUACACAAGUAUCCAUAUAAAGAUAUAUAUUUGAAUAUCGUAUUGAGUAGUAGAUUGUGUUGAUCAGGUCAGAAAAGUUUUAUAUGUAAUUCCCAAUCUUUCCUGAUGAAUGUGAGUGGUGAAGAGUUGCAGAUGUAUUUUAUUGGACUUCUCCGACUGUGGUUACUUUCCAGGAAAAUUUAGGCAAAAAAUGCUUCUACCCAGUGGUCAGUCCUGUCAUUCUGACAACCGUCACACUAUCCACCUUUGCUAGAAGUAACAACAGUUCUAGAAUGAAGAGUUGUAUUUGAGGUUUGCACCUCAUUGGGAAGUAACAUUUUCCCCCAACUUCUUUUAAAAUAUUUAAUAGAAGUAUAUUUUCAUAAGGUCAGAAGCUUCCUGUUAGAAUUUCAAUUGGCACAAUCCUUCUAAUGCAUAUGGCAGAAGCCUCCUGUGUAGAAAGGAAGGAGGAAGCAGGAUUAACAUCGAUACUUCUUAAGGAAAGAAGAGUUUAAAUUAUUCCUCGGUGGACUUUUGGUGCCUUAGGCCCUUGCUUUGGAACUAACAUAGGGGAAUGGCCACUUCAUCUCAUAAGAUUCUAUUUGAGGUCAUUUUUGACAGGGGAAGAAAUUGCUUUAUUGAUAGUCUUCAUUCCUAUUACAAUGAAGGCAGGAAUAUAUUCUUAAAUAGUUAAUAUGUCUAAUUUCAUGAUAUCAAGAGGCUUUUCCAUCAGAAUUUCAAUUAGCAUGUCCCUUUAUAAUAAGUAUGGCAAUAGCAUACAAUCUAAGAAGAAAGCAGGAUUGAUAUUAACUCCUUGUUCGCACCUUGGUAGGCCAUGCCUUUCCUUUAACCCCCCCAUAGCUCUGUAGGAUUGAGACACAUUUUUACCCUGAGAACCUUAGAGAGUGAACUGCUUUAAUCAUAAAUAAGCAAUAAUUAAACAGAAGUAUUAAAGACUGUCAUGCAUAUCUUGGGUUAGCAUUGUUCAAGUAUUAAAAUAGUUGCAGUAUGUUGGCUCUUUUCAGCAGGACUCCUGCUGAUAAACUUUACUGCUUCAAGAAACAACUUUAAAAAAAGAACGGUGUGAGAUAUAAUUCUAUAAUUAUUGUUAUGUCCAAUUCACAAAAUAUUUUACAUAUUACCACUGAGAAGACCCCACUCACUGAUUGAUGGAUCAUGGGUAUACUUAGUUUCCCACUUCACUCCAGCCUGAAUGCUUAGAACAUCCCUAUUGUUUGUCAUUAAAAAACAAGUAUUUCUGACCAAAGGAAAGUCCAACCCAAAAGCCUCCACUACAGAUGUAAUUAAUUUUUUUUAUGAAUUUGUGAGUAAGCGAUAACAGUGUUGCAGAAGUGACUCUCCAAGGUGCAGUGGGCGCUUGUUGCUCAGCGUGGAUUCAGUGAGGUGAAGGAGCUCUUCCAUGCUGCAUGACUCUAUCACUCUAUGCAUUCGAUAUUGAAAGGAUGAGAAUUUAAAUAUGAUGGCCAGGGUCAACAUGGUGAUGUUUCUGUGUUCCAGUGCUUCAGUGUUUGUGCACUGCAUUUAUCUACAUGUAGAUUUUAUGAGCUCUGCUUAAUCAUUAGUGCUAGCAACUCACUGAGCACACAUUUGGUAACUAAGUUUCUCAAACUAUGGCUCAAGAUUUUUGGAAGUAACUGAAAGAGCAAAUCUAAUUUGUAUGUUGGGUUGGAUUACAGCUCCAGUCCAGAGGUGACAAGGUAACUAUUCUUCUCAUGUCACAUGAUGAAAGAAAGAAAGCCUCUGUUCCCACCAAAUAUGAAUAUAAAUGAUCCGUGUUCUACCUUGA